AUGCCUCCCAAGAAUAAAAAGCAAAAGGAAGUCGUUCAGGAUGAGCGUUUUCAAGCGGUCGUCUUGACCGACUCCUUUGAGACCAGAUUCAUGCCGUUGACGUCGUCCACUCCCAGAUGUUUGUUACCAUUGGCCAAUGUCCCAUUGAUCGAAUACACCCUCGAGUUUUUAGCCAAGGCUGGUGUGAACGAAGUGUACUUAAUGUGUUCAUCUCAUGCUGAUCAAAUCCAACAAUAUGUUGAGAAAUCCAAAUGGGUUUCAAAAAACUCCCCAUUUAAGAUUACUACAAUUAUGUCUUUAGAAUCAAGAUCCGUCGGAGAUGUGAUGAGAGACAUAGACAAUAGGGGUCUUAUCAGUGGUGACUUCUUGUUAGUAUCUGGUGACGUUGUCACUAACAUUGAUUUCAACAAAGCCAUGAAUGUGCACAAAUACAAAAAGCAGCAAGAUAAAGAUCACAUUGUCACGAUGGUAUUGACCCAAGCAUCUCCUUUGCAUAAGACCAGAUCACAAGUCGAACCAGGCACGUUUAUAUUGGAUAAGAAGACUGACAGAUGCUUGUACUACUCCAGAAUUCCUUCCAUUGAUGGUAGAAAGACCAGUUUGAACAUAGAUCCGGAAUUAUUGGAAGACAUAGAAGAUGAGUUUGUCAUACGUAAUGACUUGAUCGACUGUUGUGUGGAUAUUUGCUCUCCUCAUGUUCCACAGAUCUUUCAAGAGAAUUUUGAUUACCAAACCUUGAGAAGUGACUUCGUCAAGGGUGUGUUGACCUCUGAUUUGUUGAAGAAAACCAUCUAUGCAUACAUCAGUGAUAAUAGUUCCGAAUACGCAGCCAGAGUGGAAAGCUUUGCUACAUAUGAUGCCAUUUCUCAAGAUAUCUUGGCCAGAUGGUGUUAUCCAUUGGUUCCUGAUUCCAACUUACUCGAAAACAGCUCUUACACAUACGAGUUCAAUCAUAUCUACAAGGAAGACAAGGUCAUCUUGGCUCAAUCGUGUAAGAUUGGGAGCCGUACUUCUAUUGGUUCCAACACUUCUGUUGGUGAUGGCUCCAGCAUCCAGAAAUCGGUAAUUGGUAAGAACUGUCAGAUUGGUAAGAAUGUUACCAUCAGCAACUCAUACAUCUGGGACAAUGCUAUUAUUGGCGAUAAUACCGUUAUAAACCAUGCUAUUGUUGCCUCAGGUGCUCAAAUAGGCUCCAAUGAUGUAUUAAGUCCUGGGGUAGUCGUUGGCUUCAAUGUAAAGAUUGGUAACAACAAGGUGCUAGCAAACAACACCAGGGUAGUCGAAAGUCCAAUAGUGAAGGAGUUUGAAUCCUUCGAUGACUCGGCGGAUGAAGAUGACGACAGCGAAACCAAUAUUGAAAGUGCUGAGAAGCCAGAUUCAAAUGUGGUAGGAGAAGAUGGUGUCGGAUUUGUUUAUACUUCUGAUCUGGAAGAAGAUUCUGACGAUGACGAUGGUACAAAUCAAUACAGCGGAAUAAUUUAUCAACUUAAGUCCCUCAAUGUUUCCGACGAAUCCAUUGCAUCGGUUACAACUCAAAAAGUUAAGAAACAACAGAGAAAGAACCGUAGAUCAUCUGUUAUUUCCACUGAUUUCGAAGCAUUUUCCGAAGAAGAAGAAGAGGAUUUUGCCAAGGAGGCUUACGCAACCGUUGAAAGAGCUUUGAACAACAAUCACGACUUGGACACGGCCCUUUUGGAAUUGAACACUCUUCGUAUGUCUAUGAAUGUUACCUAUCACGAAGUGCGUUUGGCUACUACCGACGCAUUGGUGAAUAAGAUCAUCGAUUUUAUCACCACUGAUACCUUGGAUGCAAAAAAUGCUGCUACCAAGAUUUUUAACCAUUGGGGUCCCAUGUACAAAAGACAGGUUUUCAACGACGAAGAACAAGUUGAUUUGCUUAAUAUCUUCCAGGACAAGGUGGCUACAGCAGACAAGUCGUUCAACCAGGUAAUCCUUUUCUUGGCCGUGAGAAUCUUAUACGAGCUUGACAUCUUGGAGGAAGAGAAUAUUCUCAAGUGGUGGAGUGAUUCCGAGCGCGAGGAUCCCGACUACGUCCAUGUAAGGGGCUUAACACAACAGUUCAUCACUUGGCUUGAGGAUGCCGAGGAGGAAUCCGAAGAGAGUGAUGAAGAAAGAUUAAUACUCAUUCCCGAGAUCAUGACCACUUCUUCAAUAUACGAUGUGAUAGUCGUGGGCGCAGGUGUGGUAGGGCCAUCGAUAGCCACCGCCUUGGCCCGUCAAGGCAGAAAAGUGUUGAUCGUUGAACGUGACUGGAGCAAACCCGACCGUAUCGUCGGAGAGUUGCUUCAGCCGGCUGGAAUCAAGGCACUCAAAGAGCUUGGCAUGGCCCAGGCCAUCAAUAAUAUCGAGGCCAUCGAGGUUUUGGGAUACUAUAUCAGUUUUCAUAAUCAAAAUAUCAAGUUGGAUUAUCCUUUGAAGGCAGAUGCCAACACCACAAAUGCAGUAAAGCCGGUUGCUGACUGCGUUCAUGGAGACAACGACAAAAUUGUCAGCGACUCCACCAUCAACACUGACGCGUGGGAUGAGGACGAAAGAGUUCGAGGAAUAGCAUUUCACCAUGGUGAGUUCUUGGGAAAUUUGAGAAGAAUCGUCAGGGACGAGCCUAACGUUGACUGGAUAGAGGGUACUGUUACCAAAAUACUACGUGACGAGUUUGAGCCCAACAAUGUCAUCGGUGUCAAAGUCAAGCAAGAUGACCAAGUACGCAGCUAUCAUGCCAAACUUACCAUCAGUUGUGAUGGGAUUUACUCCAAGUUCAGGAAGGAGAUCUCCCCCAAGAACGUGCCUGUGGUGGGCUCAUACUUCGUGGGGCUCGAGUUGAAGAAUGCCGAGUUGCCAGCAAAGAACAGGGGUAAUGUGAUCUUAGGAGAUCAUGCUCCGAUUUUGAUAUAUCAGAUUUCACCAGAACACACCCGUAUCCUCUGUGCAUACCGCUCUACUAAGCCUCCAUCGCAAAGUAACGGGGAGUUGAUGGACUACAUGACCAACGAGGUUUUGCCAGCAUUGCCAAAGGAAACGCAGCCCUCGUUCAAGAACGCGUUGAAGGGCGGCAAGUUCAGAGUCAUGCCCAAUCAGUUUUUAUCUGCGAUGAAGCAGGGCCGUCGCGAGAACCAGGGGUUGAUUUUACUUGGAGACUCGCUCAACAUGCGUCAUCCUCUCACUGGUGGAGGCAUGACGGUGGGGUUGAACGACGCGGUUCUCUUGGCCAAACUCUUGCAUCCCAAACAGGUGGCUGAUUUGGACGACUACCACUCGAUUUCCCGUCAAAUGGGCCAGUUCCACCGCCGCAGAAAGAACUUGGACGCGGUGGUGAAUACACUUUCCAUUGCCUUGUACACCCUCUUUGCUGCCGACAAGACGUCGUUGAAGAUUUUGCAAUCGGGGUGCUUCAGGUACCUUUCGCUCGGCGGAUCGUUCCUGAGCGGACCUAUCGGGUUGCUUUCAGGUAUGUUACCGUUCCCCAUGCUCUUGUUCAACCACUUCUUCAGUGUGGCAUUCUAUGCCAUCUACUGCAACUUUGGCGCCCGAGGCUUCGUGCUCUUCCCUUUGGCGCUCUACGAGGCCUUUGAAACGUUCUUCACGGCGGUUAUCAUCUUCACGCCCUACUUGUGGAACGAGCUAGUUUCGUAA